AUGGGCAAAUUUGAGCAAAGAGAAAAAGAAAGAAUAAGCACUUUUAGUUUCCCUAACACGGGCAGUCAAUCUAGCACAUCCAUUAAAUCACUUGGUAGCCCACUCUAUGGACGUUUUAGCUCCCUCUCUUCAACAGAAUCUCAGUUUGACCGUAGCAAACAACCACAUGAGUAUGAAAAGAACUUUUAUUUUGAAGAAUCUCAAGGUGAAGCUCUGUUCAAUAAGCUAAAGACCUACUCUUUCCCGGAAGACAAGGAUGGGGUGAAAACAAGGAGAAAUUCCUCCAUAUGUCCAAAAAAGCCUAACGCAGUAUCACCUUUGAGGGUAGAAAGCAAUGAAUUCUCACUACACUCGCAUUCACGUUCAUUAUCACAUGAAUUUGCAAAGUCGUCAGGACGAAGGAAAAGUUACCACAGAAAAAGUCAUGCAAUCUCAUUCAGCAGGUCUUGUAAACCAGAUUUCAUUGACGAAUAUGAUUCCAACUCAAGCACAAGCUUCAAUUCAAGAAAAACUUCAUUGACAAGUUCUUUUUUGGACAAAGAUUAUAAUUCUUCACCGGAUACUUCAUAUACCCACCAGGUAUCUCCCAAAAACACAAUAAUAAAUACUAAUGAACAAUUAAGAAGAAACGCCAGCGGCAGGUUCGGAAGUUUAAAAGAAUUUGCUGAAAAAAAUCAAAUAAACAUUGAGGGCAAGAUUUUUGCUCAUAAAGCGGAAACUGGAGACAUAUUGCAACCACUAAUUGACUUGGAUAUUGACAAUGAAUGA